CAGAGACCUCCGCUGUCAGCCCGCUCGGGCCCUGCCCAUGCUGGGUCAUCGGAGGCUCGGAUACUCUACUAUGAUUACUCUUAAAUACUCAGAAAAUGAUCCAAAUUGAUAACCAAAAUACAGAGGAAAUAAUUAAAGAGCUGUGCACUUCUAAUGGAUUGUCUUAUGAGAAAAUUGAUCAAGAGGGACCAGAAACAUCUACACUGGAGAUGUUUUUCUCAGGUUAUCCCAAGAUAGUAGGCAUGUCAUUUUUUCCAAAUUUAACAACUCUCAGUCUUGUUGGACAAAGCAUUCAGAAGAUUUCAGACCUGGAGUAUUGUCCGUUACUCAGAAACCUAUGGAUUGCUGAAUGUUGCUUAACAAAAAUUGAUGGUCUACAAUACUGCACUAAUUUGGAAAAGCUUUACCUGUACUACAAUGAAAUUUCUACAAUUGAAAAUCUGGAGACCCUAAUAAAGCUGGAGGUAAUUUGGUUGAACAAUAACCAAAUUAAGGAAAUACAGGGAUUGCACACUCUACAGAAUUUAAAGGAGCUCAAUCUGGCUGCAAACUUAAUACAUAAAAUUGGAACUUGCUUUGACCCCAAUGAACAAUUGGAAAGAUUAAACCUCUCUGGUAACAGAAUAUGUUCCUUCAAGGAACUCUCUAAUUUAACAAGCCUACCGCAUUUAAAAGAUUUGAGUCUGAAUGAUCCUCAGUAUGACCCCAACCCUAUUUGUCUUCUCUGUAAUUAUGCUACCCAUGUGCUGUAUCAUAUGCCUCAGCUUCAAAGGUUGGAUACAUAUGAUGUGUCUCAAAAACAAAUCAAGGUCCUGGCAGAGGCUACAGUGAUGAAGAAGAUAAUGUACUAUAACAUGCGUGUAAAGAGUGUUCAUAGGCAGCUCAAUGAGGAGCUUGAAAAGCUAAAAGAAAGAAAAUGCAAACUGCAGAAAUUGCCAGAAGAUCGAAUAAAAUUGUUCAGCUGCAACUUAAAACAUCUGGAACGUGAACUGACAGAGCUGCAGACAUCAGGCAAAAUACAGAAUAACAAAUCUAUUAAAAGUAAAAGGCUGGAAAUUGAAAAAUCAAUUGACGAUAGUGAGAACACAGAUGAAACCAGUGAGGAGUCAAGUCUUGAAAAUAAGUUCUUUCUGAAAUUAGAAGCCCUGAGGGAAAGGAUAACAUUCUGGAACAGAAAACUAGAUGAAAUUGAGAAAAUUUACCAGAUGGAAGUUAAAAAAAAGAAGAAAAGCAAUAGCUUAGUAGUGCAGUUUUUGCUGACUGAAUUGGAAACAGUGGGCAACACUCGCUUUGAAGAAGGCUCACCUAGUGAUUCUUGGUUUAAUUCCUGCUAUGAUUUAAUUCUAUCACGAUUUUGUGCCUGGGACUUCAAAUCAUAUGGUAUCACAGGAGUGAAAAUAAAUCGCAUCAUCCGAGUGCACAACCGUAUUCUGAGGAUGAUAUUUGAAGAGAAGUUUCAACUGUUUUUGGAUGAAGAAGUUUUAAGUGAAACAGAAAACUACAGGAAGAUGCUGGAAUGUCUCUUCUAUGUGUUUGACCCAGACUUGCCAGUUAAGAAGAAGCAACUGCUGCAAGUGCUUGAGGAUGGGUUCCAGGCAAUGGAAGAGCACAAGCUUUCAAGAAGACAAGCUGUUCUCCUCUGUAACAGUUUAAGUAUGUGUGAACGUCCCAGAAUAGAAUUUUUGCAGCAACAAACCAAGGAUGAACGUAAAAAUAGCAAUGAUCUUGAGGAACCAUUCAGACAUGGGAAACUCAUAAUUGCAAAAGUUUUUCUUGGACAUAGUGUUCCAGCUCGUGAAAAAGAUCCCAUCAGUCAAGUCAACUAUCCAGGGGCUAAUUCAGUGUUCAGGCCUCGGAAACAUUUACUAAGUGAUACAUCUGAUGCUGAUGAUGAAAUGUAUUCUUCCGUGGAACAUAGAAACUGUGACUGUCGCCAUCGACAGUGUGAGUGGUUUGUGUUUGAUCACGAACUGGUCUUGCCCGAAUACAUCGUUGAAUUUGAGUACACUACACUGGUCAAAGUUCAGUCCCUGUUUUCUACACUCAGCAAUGUAAUUGUAGAUGAAAGAAAGAAAAAUACAGAAGGAUUUAUAUUGUCUAGUGAUUUGCAACGUGAUGAUGAAGUUAUGAACAUGGAGCCUACAGUAAAAGCCAGACCCAAAAUUGUUUGCUUGGAUGAAAAGACAGUGCUUUCAGUUGCUAAGGCCAAUAUUUACAGUCAAAUAGUGGUUCUGAAUUUGCAUGGGAACAGCCUGAGCAAACUGCGGGACAUCUCUAAACUGACAGGGCUUCGAAAACUUAUUGUCAGCUUUAAUGAAUUUACAUGUUUAGAUGAUGUUUACCACUUGCCCAAUCUGGAAUAUUUUGAUGCAAGCCACAACCAUGUGAUCACCCUGGAGGGUAUUAGAGGCUUAAGCAAACUGAAGUAUUUAGACUUGAGCUGGAAUCAACUGAAAAAAACUGGAGAGGAAAUAAAUGUCUUACGUAAACACACUUCAAACGUACUCAGUCUUGAUAUCAGACAUAACCCAUGGCAUAAGCCAGUCUCGUUGCGUUUGAGUGUCAUUGGCCGAUUAAAGGCUCUUACUCGUUUAGAUGGCGUCCAGAUUACUGAAGAAGAGGCUGCAGCUGCUUCAUGUUUUAUUGCUGGAUCAAAGAUCUCUCAGGCAUGUCUUUUAGAACAUUCUAGGACUGAUGAAGUUCGACCACGCAUUCUGAGUGUACAUCCUUAUGCCAAAAUUCUGACUGAAAUUAGCAAGAACAAGGUGGAUUCACAAACUCAUUUCAGUAGCAGCUGGUAUCCUAAGAUAACGGUCUUAGAUCUGGAUGGACAACAUCUCUCCAAAAUUGCCAACUUAGAAAAAUUGGAGAAUUUAAGAUGGGCCUCAUUUAGCAACAAUAAUCUCACUAAAAUAGAAGGACUGGAAUCUUGCCUUAAUCUUGAAGAGCUCACUUUAGAUGGAAACUGCAUCUCAAAUCUAGAAGGAAUUUCAAAACUCACCAAACUAACACGACUUAGUGUAAAUAAUAAUCAUCUCACCACCCUGGAAAGACGCGUUUUUGAAAACUUGUCUCAUCUUCACUACCUCUCUCUUGAGAGCAACAGAAUUACUUCAUUGGUUGGUUUGCAGAAAGCCUACACACUAAUAGAACUAUACAUCAGCAAUAACUACGUUUCUACCUACCAAGAGAUAUAUCAUUUAAAGGGUUUAAAUAACCUCGUCAUGUUGGACAUGUCUGGAAAUCUAAUUGUGUGGAAACAAGAUAACUACCGAUUGUUUGUAAUAUUCCAUCUUCCAUCUCUCAAAGCCUUAGAUGGCACUGCAGUAGAGACAGCAGACAUCGAGAGUGCUAAGGAUUUAUUUGGUGGCAGACUUACCUGUGAUAUGAUUGCAGAAAGACUAGGACAUUCAGACUUCACUAAAAUGCAAGAAUUAAAUUGGACAACCUCUACGAUCAGAACGGUGGAUCUUGCACCAGCAGAUCAGUUUAGAAAUGUUUGUAAUGUGAAUUUACAGAACAACAAUCUCACCUCUUUCAGUGGUUUAAUCUUCUUGCCUAAUGUCAAGAUAUUGUGUCUGAAUUACAAUCACAUUGAAUCAGUACUGCCGAGACAAAAGCCUCAAAAUCACUUAACAAACAGGCAGCAGCUGUACCAGAAAGUGACCUCUAGUGGCUAUGGACAGCAAGGACCUUCAAAAGGAAACAGGGAUGCAGGAUUUGGUGAAAAUCUGCCACCAAUAAUGCAAAGUUUAGAAGUUCUUCAUUUGGGCUACAAUGGAAUUAGUAACUUGGCCCAGCUACAGCUUAGUCGGCUAAAAAAUUUGAAAUUGCUGUUUCUACAGGGUAAUGAAAUCAGUCAGAUCGAAGGACUUGAAGGUCUACAGCUUCUGCAGGAGUUGGUAUUGGAUCAUAACCGUGUCAAAACAAUUGCAGAGGGCUCCUUUGCUAGACAGAACUCCCUUUUGGCACUUCACCUAGAGGAAAACCGACUACGAGAACUGAACAAUUUACAGCCUUUAGUAAAAUUACAGAAACUUUUCCUGGGACUUAAUAAAAUUCAGGAAUUGUCUGAACUGGAAAAACUUGAAGGUGUUCCUAGUCUUAGAGAGCUUUCAAUAUAUGGAAAUCCAGUUACUUGCAAGAUGUCGCACCGUCCACUGCUUGUGUUUAGAUUGCCCAGCCUGCAAGUGUUAGACGGAAUGACAGUGAGCACGGAGGAGAGAGCAAGAGCUGAGCUUCAUUUAAUAGAACAACAAGGAAUCCCAGCUGCAAACUCCCCUAUGGACUCUGGAUUUCCUGGAUUACCAAUUACCUUUUCAAAACAUCCUCCCUUAAGGGUAACAAAUGUGAAUCUGCUUGAAGGCAUCAACCAUUUAUUUGGCUCUGACCUCAUGUUUCCUCAUGUAUUUGAAGAUCCUUUGCAGAAUGAGGCAAAUAAAUAUAAGAAAUCUAAGAACCCAGGAAUGGUGACAACUAAUCCUCGAAGCAUCCAUGCAGAAAUAGCUCUCAGGCAAGUAAAAGGAGCAACAGCUAAUCUUCUAAACCAGUUGACACAACAGAGUGGCACUACCCGAACUGCAUAUAUGCACCAGAGCAGCAGAGAAAAUGAUGGCAGGAUGCCAGCCAAUAGCCCCUCCAGGCCAAAUCAAAUGUAAACUUCUAUAAGAAAAAUGGACAUGAGUGAAGUAUUGAGUCAAACUCAUCCCUGGUAUUAUUCCAUUGACUUUAGUGGAGUUACACCAUGGAAGAAUUUGUCCUAUUCUGUUUAUAUUCACAGAUGCCAGGGAAAAAAUUAAUAAUGAUUGAUAUGAAGUGUGAAUUAACUAAUUAAGUUCCUACGGCUGGUGAAGCAAACAUUCAUGCACAUAUAACAUCAUAAUCCAAACAAUGGAUACGCCUUGAGACAAAUACUGCUUUCACUUAUGCUGAUGUAUAUCCAUUGAAUUCAGUGGAAAAGAUCCCCUGAAUUACUUCCUCCAGAUUUAGCUGUAGCUCAAGGCAAAAUUUGGUCUCUCCAUCUUUUACAGUAUUUUUUUUCAACAACCUCAGGAACUUUCACAAAAAUGUGAAUCAAUUGCUCUUUGAUUUAACUGGAUUGGAAAAAAUCAUAGUAUGGUACGUCAUCUUGCAACAGUAAAUGAGAAGGAACAGUAUCACUAGAUAAGGGAGCAAUCCUGCAAAUUCUUACUCUGGCAAAACUCCCAUGCAGGAUUUGGGCAACUGAUCUGAAAAUAUGACUGUCAGUCUACCACUUAGUUAUAAUACAUUUACCUAUUUUAUCUACAGUGGGCCUUUCGCAUUCACAUGUAUUUAAGUAUAGCCACUGAAGUCAGGAGGAGUCAUGCACGUAUAGCUGAAGCCAGAAUAUGGCCUCUAAUACUGAGAACCCAAAUGUACCUGUUCCUUAACUUUUUUUAUUAUUAUUUUUAAGUUAUAUUACAGAAAUUUAAAAUACCAGAUGAUAUCACUAGCAUCAGUGAUAAAGCCAUCAAAAUUCCAUUAAACUGGUUCUGUUUUUUAAAAACUUAAGUAUGACUGUUUAAAUAAUUAUUUGAGUAAACCGCCAUGUUGCACUUUGAAAUUAAAGCAGUGAAAGACA